AUGAUUCCCAUCCCCCCAACAAUACCUCAUCCCCUCUCUCCAUUGAACAGGCCUCAGUCCACCAUAUCCGGCGUACCACCAGCGGCAGAUGCGGAUUCCCCUCCUUCACAGAGUUCUACUCCAGUUCCAUAUGACCCCUCUAAGAAUGUUGUUUCAUGUAAGUGGAUUUUCAGGAUUAAAAGGAAAGCAGAUGAGUCAGUUGAUCGUUACAAGGCGAGAUUAGUUGCAAAAUUCACUAAGAGGUCAGGCGUUGACUUUCACUUGACUUUCAGUCCGGUGGUUAAACCCACUAUUGUACGAAUCAUGCUUGAUGUUCCCUUUCGGUUUCACUGGCCACUUCGUCAAUUCGACGUCAACAAUGCUUUUCUUCAAGCUGGUUUCAUAUUUAUUUUGGUACAUGUUGACGACAUAAUAGUGAUCGGCAGCAACCCCAUCAAUGUCAAUAAAGUUAUAGCCUCUGUUGCCUAUCGCUUGUCCAUUAAAGAUUUGGGAAAUCUCAAUUAUUUUCUUGGUGUUAAUGUGGUUCGAAACACUAAUGACAUUAUUCUCUCUCAAGCCACUUAUAUCAAUGAAAUCCUGAAUAAUAAGUUGAUGGCCGAUUGUAAGAGCGCAAACACACUGAUGAGUGUUUCUGAGUUGCUCAAACUCAAUGAUGGGGCUCUAUUAACUGAUGUGACUCGCUGCCGUCGAGUCCUGGGAAGACUUCAAUAUUUGUCUUUUACAAGGCCAGACAUUUCUUAUGCAGUUAAUAAAUUAUCCCAAUUUAUGCAAUCGCCAUCUGAUCUUCAUUGGAAAGCUGUGAAGCGAGUUCUUAGGUACCUUCAUGGUACGAUCAAGUUUGGCCUACGUGUGUCCCCAAAUUUUGAUUUCAAUCUGUGCAUAUACUCUAAUGCGGACUGGGCUAAAGAUCUCACUGAUAGAUCCUCCAUAUCUAGUUAUAUUCUCUUUCUUGAUAGAAAUCAUAUCAGUUGGUCCUCUAAAAAGCAGAAGAAUAUAGCUCGCUCAUCAACUGAAGCUGAAUAUAGAGUUGUGGCCAAUGCACUUGCCGAACUACUGUGGGUCAGAAACCUAUUGCUUGAGAUGCAAAUUCAUGUCAGACAUACCCCUACAAUCUACUGUGAUAACAUUGGUGUCACUUAUCUAAGUGAGAAUCCGGGCCUUCACAGUCGCAUGAAACAUAUUGAGGUGGACUUUCAUUUUGUGUGCAACCAUGUUGAAUAA